CAGCAUGCUGAGGACCUGUGGGCCAGUAGUUUUUGCUCCUCCAGCAGAGGAGGAGGGGCAACUAGGAAUGGAAAUUGACUCGCAGUCUCUCAUGGUUAGACUUGGAAAGCAUGCCACUGGCAGAACCCCUGGUCUGAGGACCAGGACUUGGGGACUGUCCGGUUUGCAAUGAGAGCAGACGUUUAUGGAAGUUAGGAAGUAAAGCAAUAGGGAUAUCCAGCCCAGAGAUGAAGGUAGUGGGCUGGUGAUUAUGAAGAACCUGGAAGGAGGCAUACUAGAAAUGGGAGCAGCUCAGGGACCAGAUACGUUCCGUUAGUAUUAAUGUGCAAAAUAUACUCUUAGUUAUACACAAAGCAAUAGCCAAGCGUUUCUCUCCAGCUCUGGUGGUUUGAUAGCCAGUGUUGUACCAUUGCCUAGGAUGGUGGUGGCCCUCUGGGGCCAGACCCUGUUCUGUAGCUCCCUCAGAAACCACUGCCACAGACUCAAAGCCAGUGGGAGCCUCUGAGGCUCAAGGACUAUUUCUCCAAUCCUCAUCUGUGGAUUCUUCAAGCUGUUUUUCUUGGCCCAAGGAUCACUCAUAGGGAUGUGGAGGGGGGGAAGAGUAAGAUACUGGUCAGAAUGAGCUGGGGAAGAGGCAGAUGUUAGGAAGAAGAGAUGGAGAAAUGGUGCUAGCAGCCCAGCCACCUGAGGCGGGCUACCUGGGAAGGACAUCUUUGCAAGUACAGGUUAUGCUGGGUAUAGCGAGGUGCUCUUAGCAGGUAACUCCCCACUUUCCACUCCAGACAGAAUCGUUCUGUGGAACACCUUCUUCAGGACUUGGCUGAAGCCUAGGUGUUAACACCUGGGGCCAGGACCAUGUCUGCUAACAAAGGCUGGUGCCUGCCACCUGAGGGUGAGGAUGGGGUGUCUGCAAAGUUCCUGAGGAAGACCCGGGAGUCUCCAUUGGUGCCUAUAGGCUUAGGAGGCUGCCUGGUGGUGGCAGCAUACAGGAUUUACCGGCUGAAGGCUCGUGGACCCACCAAGAUGUCCGUACACCUGAUUCACACCCGAGUGGCAGCACAGGCCUUUGCGGUGGGUGCAAUCAUGCUGGGUGCUGUGUACACGAUGUACAAAGAUUACAUCAAGAGGACAGCACAGGAUGCUGGAGAGAAGUAGGACUGUCACAGGGUGAGGGCGGGCAGACCCCUCCAGCGAUCCCUGGUAUGCCUCUAAUAAAGUAGUUCUGAGAAAAGUCAACAGUCUUUUCUUCAUGGAGGAAAACAGAAUAAGGGACUGGUGGUGGCCAAUGAGAGGACUCAGAGCAAAGUGCAGCAAAUCAAAGUGCUCUGGCCCUCCAGGGUAAGAGAGAUUUUUAAGGGGUGUCUAUUGAGGAGAAGGUGAAGAACUCAGAUCCCAGAAGCCCACAACUCCCAGGCCACCUGAGGGCCCACCCAGCAGCAGCAUGGAGUGGGAGUGGGCGGGAAGGGGGCAGUAAAGGGGCCUCGAUUAAUGCUCAAGGGAACACUGGGUUACAAGGCAGGCGUUCCUCCCACCAUGGGCUGCUUCCCUGGGGACCCAGGCAGGAAGGAGGCUGCAGCUGGGAGCAGAGGCAGCG